GUUUUGUUUCAGGAAUGAGCGUUUUAGGUGGGGAGAUCAUAUCGAGCUGUGAUUUAUCGAAGGCCACUAGCUUCAUCUGUAACAUAGCUUGUGAUCUAGUUUGGUUUAGGACCCAGUUUGUUUAACAAGAAUGACGAGACAUUUUAAGUGCUAAAUUAUGUUUGCUUUUAUUAAGGCUAUGCAUACCAGUAAACUAUGUUUGGCGUCUUUAAGGUUCUUGGUUCUACAUACCCUCUUAAGACAUCUUCUAUUGAUGUUUGCAUCCAUACCUUUAAACCAUGUUUGUUGAUUUGAAGAUCUGUUCACGCCUAAGUAUUCUCUGAUGAAGUCACGAAGAUCAGCAGCGCUCUUGAUUACCAGCCAUACCAGCACAGGAUGUGUGCGAGUAUUUGCUUUCCACCUGUGCACCAGCAUUAUGUGUAAUGUCCUAAUCUACGCCGCUGCCCAUUGCUCGCCAAAGACAGAUAAGCCUCUUCAAUAUCUUUUUUUAUUACUUCGUACAUAUUAACUACAAAAUGAAUACUCCUCAAAUGAUUCACCAAAUAAAAAGAGGUGUUUAAGGUUUGCAUCCUUUUAAUUCCGCCCUUUUGUCUUUGAUCUAUAUUCUCCAAAUCACCAAUUAUUUAUAAAUCAAUGUUUUUUGCAGUGUAGAUGUUGGUCAGUGUCUUGAGGAAUGCCACACAGAAUGGCUAUAACUCAAUUGGGACUGUGCACGGGUGAUAUUGACUCUGAACGCAGAGGCCACAAUGAUGUCAAGUACCUGCAAGAUGUUCUUUGGUGUCUAGGUUGGAUAAGUAUAACAUUUUCAGUCUAUUCACAUCGUGUUUUAUUUUUCCCCUUCCCUUUUUGCAAAUAUAUUUUCUCACACAAGCAAACUAUUUGCAAGUGUGUCUUUUCUUUCUUGCUGUUCUAUGAAUGGAAAGAGCUAAGAGAAUGGAAUGAUGUCAGAUAUUCUCUUACAGUUAGUUAUCAAUCCUUUGCAAUACUAAUUACAUUUACAGGGGAAAUUGCUCACUCGAAAGCUCAACACAGUGUCGAUAUAUGAUGUCCAAAGAUUUGGCGAAAAAGAUAAGGUCCGGGACAGUGAAGAGAAGUACUACAACAUGUUUUGGAUGAUAAAAAACUCAGGUAAGUGAAUACCUACCUUCUCCAUUAUUGGUCAAGGAAGUUCCUUGCUGCGCUAUGUGAACAAAACAAAGCCCAAAAACAAAAGACCAAAAAACAAGAAGAGUAAAAACAAAGAUGUACUACAAAGUAUAUAUAGGGCAGAUUUUAUUUGUUCUUUGCUACUCCAUUUUUUAUUCGAUAGAGAUGUUUUUGAGAUGGGUUUGUUGAUGGAUCUAACCUUAUGGAGUUUUAACAUGGUGGAGGGUCACAAUUUGGUAGCUAGAGAACAUUGAUGCAUUGUUUUGGAUAUUAUAGUUUAUAGCUAUACUUAAUACUUCGUGUAUUGAAAACUAAUCUGUUUGCAAGUGUUUUAGGCAAUGGGAAUAACAAGUGACUAUUGUCAUGGAAGGAACCUUUCAAAAUGAUGAUGGCUACCUGAGGCAGAUCGACUUUCCUAUUGCCAUGGAAGGAAGUGAUGUUGUCCUUGGAAUUAUCUUAUGCUGCAUAAGAAUAGAAUUUCAUUCUGGACUUGAAACAAAUGUAGAGUAGCUUUGGUUAUGUUUAGAUUGGGGGUCUUGAAAGUGUAUCCAAGAAAAGGAUGCUUAAAACUACUUAUUUUGUUACGACUGGAACUUUGCUUCACGUCCAGGAUAAGAACCAACCUUGGUAUUCUAAAGACAAUAUAUGGUUGGGCACUCAUUUGGUUCCUUUGUUGUUGGCAGUUUUAUAUUAAGAUUUAGAUUCAUGUGUUGGUACUUUUCAGGGUUCUUUAUUUUUUGUGUUUUGGCUUUGCUUUGGUCAUUUCCUAUUUAUUUCCUUUUUAACAAUAAAAUUACAUUUUCUUUUAAGAAAAGUUCACUACCAUGUAUUUAGUAUUUUAUUCUCCAAUUUUUUUUAUGUUUCUUAUUUAUUUAUUAUUUAUACCUAAAAACUUUCAUACUUAAUCCUCAGUAGAAAAUUUAACUUGGUAUAUACGACUUUUGUUCAGUAGAAAAUUUAACUUGGUAUAUACAAUUUUUUUAUCUGCUUCUAUUCAGAAUUCAAUUCGACUUUUGUAACUACUCUUCCUCGGCCCAGCUUCUUUCUUCCUUCAGAAUUCAAUUUGAUGUGUUUUCGCAUGUGAGACGUCGGAGGUAGCUUGCUUCAUCAUGGGCAGUUAAUAUUCUUUCUCUGUAACGCUAGGUGUGUUUAUUACCCCUACUUUAUUCCAAAUGAUUCACCUUCUCUCUGUUUGGAUGUGUGUGUGUCUCUCCGGGUAUAUAUAUACCGUUUAUUGAGCAAUUCAAAUGGACGUACUGGGUGUUUGUUGAGGUUUACUUAUUUUUAGAGCCAUGGUAUCUUCACUGCAAAAGAUGGUAGAAGAUUGCAUCCCUAUUGAUAAAUUGACGCUUGAAUCAAAGAAUUGUGCUAUUACAGCUCGAGUGUCUCGCCUGUGGGAUGUAUACAGCUUGAAGGAUAACAAAGAGCUAAUGAGUACAGAUAUGGUGCUCAUUGAUAGACAGGGCUCAUAUAUCCAUGCGUCCAUUAAGGGGAAUUUCUCGCAUUUGUACCAAAAACAAAUUGCAGAAGGAAGUGUUUACUAUAUUAAGAAUUUCAGUGUUGUUCCUAAUAAGACCCGGUACUGUGUUGUUGGAGACAACAAGGUCAUGAUUCAAUUUUAUGCAACUACAGUGGUCAAAUCUGUUUCAGAAGACUCCCUGGGAAUACCAACAUCAGCAAUACCGAAGCAUCGGUUUGAUUUACUUGAUUUUGAUAAGGUUGAAUCUAGAAUGGGGGCAGAUUACAUUUUAACUGAUGUGGUGGGCCAAGUUUGUUGCGAGGGGGAGGUCACAAAUAAGAAUAGCCGUGGAAACAGCGUUUCUUCCUUAAUGCUUGAAUUACAUGAUUUGAGAGAUGAAAAAAUACGGCUUACACUAUGGGGUGAGAAUGUUGAUAACUACAUGAAGCAAAAAUGAUUGCUUCGAAAUGGAAUUAUUGUUGGAGUUUUCACCUCAACCUUGGUCAAGAAGUACAUGAACAAUGUUGUUUUGUCAUCAACCACAUCUACAAAGAUUUAUUUACACCUUGACAUUGAUGAGGUUCUUGCCUUGAAAAAUAAGAGCAGUUCUUCGCCAAGGGGACAUAUAAUUCAACCGCUUAUCAUCGAGAAACAAGAGCUUGAUAGACAUGCUGUUUUGAGUGGGUUGAAAACAAUUGGCGAGCUUUUAGAAAUAUUAAAGACAGACUUUAAAGAUGGCACACUACUAUUUUGUGUUGCAACGAUAUAUGACAUCCACAACAAUAAUGGAUGGUACUACAACUCAUGUGGCUGCAAGGGAAUAAUUAAGGCGUAUGGUCAAAGUUUCUGGUGCAAGAAGUGUAAUAAGACAGUGAAUGAUGCCAUUCCAAGAUUUCGUAUUGAGCUUGGGGUCCAGGAUGCCAUAGAUUGUAAGAAGUUCAUUAUCUUUGAUGACGUUGAGAAGAUAAUAAGACAAUCUGCCAUUAGCAUAUAUGAUAUGCAAGAGAAACUGGAGGAUGUAUUAAGAUUUCGAAAUACUUUUUUAAGUGUUUGAAUUCAUAGCUGAGAUGCAAAACAUUCUAAAAACCUACUCAUGAACUAUUUCAGAGUGAAGUUUCUGUAGGCGAUGUACCACCUAUUAUUGCAAAUCUUAUCGGGAAGCGGUUUGUUUUCCAUGUCAAGCUCACUGAAUCCAACAAGACUGCAUAUAGACAGAGUUUCACAGCGAAUAAAGUUUUGGAGGAAUCAACUUUGGAACCAACAAGGAAUGAAGAGAUAAAUGAUCCACCAGUGCUGCUGCAGACAAAAGAUGUUCCCUCAGAUGAUGGACCAAGUAAAAGAAGACGCUUGAGCAUCAAGAGUUACCAAACCCGAAGGACUUCACUUUAUGAUAAAAGAAAAAGACCCCCUUUACACACACCACACUCGCAAUAUAGUUUACAAAGAGGUCUUCAACAACAUUGCCCAGGAACAAGAACAUACAAGUCCCACACUGCAAAAUGGCAUUAUCACUGAAUGAAGCAAACAUGUAUGCAAAUCAAGUCAAAAGUUUCUCCAAAACUCCUGACAAGAGAGAGGGGAUUUUUACGGUUUCAUGAUUCAAAUGACAUGCUAAGUUAAUCUCAUCUCUUAUGCUCUCUUUUAAAUUUUAUUAAUGGUCUCUUUUUCUAGAGGCUAUUUGUUAUACUUAAAAAAACCAAUUACAAAGCAACAACAACUUUGCUGUUAGACGGGGUACAUAUGUAUCAUUAUCCUUUUCAGGUGCCCAUAUGUGUAAUGUGAAUAACAUCUCAAAAUACUU